ACUGCUUGCGUGAGGCCAGUGUUGUGCUUAUCGAUACGCAGCAAGCUUCGGCUUCAGUCCAUCAAGGAUACUCUGUACGUGUUGCGAAAUCUCACGCGGGAUCGGUACAGAGGCAAAGCUUUCCCCAUGGCGGCCGUAGUAGCAGUCAAGAAGGAAAUGAGGAAGACGAUCAAGGCUAUCUUGAAGGAUGUCUCUGAUGCGGCUGCUGCCACACAAACAACACAUGCCACCAACGCUUUGCUAGCCAUGCCAGAGUACAAGGCAGCUCGACGGAUAAGUGUGUACCUGUCUAUGCCCACUGGCGAGAUUAACACGUCCAACGUUGUGCGUGACGCUCUUGACCAGGGCAAGACGGUCUUCAUUCCUUACACGUACAAGGUGGAUACGCCAAUCGACGGUCAGCCGAAGUCGAUCAUGGACAUGGUUGAGUUGGUUUCGAUGAAAGACUUCGAGUCGCUCGAGGCAGACAAAUGGGGCAUUCCCACACCCAGCAAAGACUCCAUCUCAUCACGUGCGAACUGCUUUGGCACCACUGGCAUCACCAACGGCAGGACGGGACAGAUCACCGAUGGCCUGGACUUGAUCGUCAUGCCUGGCAUGGCAUUCGAUUCGACUUUUGGCCGACUCGGACACGGCAAGGGCUUCUAUGACUUCUUCUUGAGUCGAUGUCACCAAGCGUCGCGCAUGCCUUUUCGCGUUGGUCUGUCUUUGACCGAGCAGCUGCUUCCGCCAAACGAGUCAGUCCCUAUGGACCAGUCCGACUUCCGCCUCGACGCCUUGAUAACCGGGGACGGCGAGCUUCGUCGCGCUUGA